GUCGCCGAAGCAGUCGCGAAUCUAUCUCCCAGUCAGUCGCCAUGGUCGGUCCCCGCAGGACCGCGCUCCUGGAGGAGAGCGCCGAAGUCGAGGUGCUCUUCGCCAAUAUGGAGAAGAUGAAGGCAAUCACCAAGAAGAUCCAAGGGUCCGUCAAUCGCUUGGAUGCGAGUGGAAGAGCUGUCCAGGAAGCCAUUGGGCCAAUCUACGGCAACACGCAGAAGCUCCAGAUUGCAAACACCAACGUCGAUCGCAUCAUCGACGCCAUAGAGCGGCUUCGCGCCCCCAAGGAAGAGAGUGCCAAGGAGGAGAGGAUCAUUCGUGCCGGCCCUGGACGUGGAGACCUCGACAGCUACAUUGCUUCGCUCGACCGCACCAACCUCAGCCUGCUCGACCUCAGGCGCACUAAUCUGCGGUCGAACGAACAAGCUAUUGCAGAUCUGGUGGGGCUUCUCAAGCUAGGCAACAAACAACUGGAGGAAGUGUUUCGAGGCAUUCUGCAGGAAAGCUGUAGGGACAAGGUGCAGGCAUUGGAAUAUGUCGCUAAGCAAAACCCGUUCCCGCGCAUGGCGCAGGACAAGCUCCAGAGCCUGCGCAGCAUCCAUAACCAUAUCUCCAAGACAUUUGCGCAAACAUCACAGGUCGACCUGUCACAGACGCCUACGCGAAGAAUAUACGCCGACGUUCGGGGCGAAUAUCUGGAAACUACAUUGAGGAGCUUGAUGCAAGCGUCCAUUAGCAUGGCGCGCAAAGUGCAGGCCGAUGCGCUCUACAAAAAGGGGACCAACGGCAUUGGGACAUAUGUGCAGGCGAUAGAGGGGCUUUUUGUAGCCGAGUUCGACAACCUCAGCUACGUCUAUGACAGGGAGGAAUGGAGCGACGUCUAUGUGUCGACGUGCCAGGUCUCUCUGCAGGACUUUAGUAAAACGCUACGCGAGCUCAACGGCCAUGUGCAGAAGAACAUCUUGACAGACUGCUUCCUGGGGUUUGAGAUUUGUGGGCUGGUGCGGGCACUGUCGAUGCGGCUGCAGAAGCAGACGGGCGCGCUCAAGGAUCAGAUCUACGAUAGCGUGAAGCCGAUUCGCGAAACAUCAAAAAUGUCCUUGGGCAAGAUGCUCGAGGACACGCGGUCAAGUACACAGGGGCUCAUUGCGCUGCCUAUUGACGGCGGGGCGGUAGAAAUCACGACGCAGACGAUGCGACGGCUGCAGGAGAUGACAAACUACCUGGAGCCUCUUGGGUCCAUCCUGGCGUCGUUGGGCGAGGGCGGAUGGAACUCGAACUCGGCCAACAACUCGACAACGACACUGGACGUGGGGCCUGACGGCAUGAAGCUGUUUGCAUCAUAUGCAAGCGACACGGUGGAUACUCUGCUACAGAACCUGAGCGGCAAGGCGAAGCUCCUCCUCAAAGGCAAGAACCUGCAGGGCGUCUUCAUGGCGAACAACGUGGCCAUUGUCACGCGCAUCAUUCGCUCGUCGGAGCUGGGGCCGCUGAUGGAGGGCUACUCCAAGAAACUGGCCGACUGGCGCAAGCAGGGCACGGCCAUGUAUCUCGAGGCGUGGCGAGAGCCGUCUGGGUACCUGCUGGACGUGCAGUACACGAACCGCAGCAAGGAGCGGCCCACGUCGAGCGGCAAUGACUCGGCGGCCAUUGUCAAGUCGCUGAGCUCCAAGGACAAGGACACCAUCAAGGAGAAGUUCAAGAGCUUCAACACGAGCUUCGAGGACCUGGUGGCACGCAACAAGACGUACGCCAUGGAGCCCGAGGUGCGCAACCAGCUGUCCAAGGAGGUGCAGAACAUCAUCGAGCCCUUGUACAACCGGUUCUACGACCGGUAUCGGGAGAUCGACAAGGGCAAGGGCAAGUAUGUCAAGUACGACAAGACGGAGCUGAACCGGUCGCUGGCGAGCUUCUCAUGAUGGCGGGCGGAUGAGCGGCGUUGGACUGGACUGGACUAUACUUUGAUUGCUUUGGAGACGCGUACAAUACCCAAUGAUUUGCGUAGAUAAGGAGAAGACGAGGAAGAAGAACAGGGAGGGGGAGGAGGAGGAGAAGAAGAAGACAUGUGGCGUGGUAAUGGACAGGUAGCUGGGGAUGGUGAUAGGGCGGCGAGGCGAGUCGCGGCCAGGCCCCGCCGUGUAAUGUGUAUUGGAUUGGGGCCGAUGCUCGUGCCUCCUCAUUUUACGGUGCCGGCACGUGACGCAGCCCUUUCCGGGAGAUGAGGCUUCGCGACGACGUCUUGCAGCCGGCACACACGAGCACAAAAGGCUGCAUGCCGGCGAAUCGUGUCGUGUCCUUCACCCUUCUUUCUCGCCCGCCCGCUCGCUCGCCCUCCUCCUGCGCGUGUCCAUUGCUCGCUCGUUGACGCCGUGUCUCUGCGGGCGCCCCU